AUGAACUUCUCAACUGUCUGCCUUCUUCUCGCCUUACUUGUCGUGUAUAUCAAUGCAACGGCUGUAGGAGAAACUGUACCAAAAGAAAGGAGAGAGCUAAACCGCGUGAAGAGGCAGUGGGGAUGGGGAAAUUGGGGAUGGAGCGGCUACGGAUACACUUAUGGAUGGCGACCAUGGGGCGGUUUCUAUGGAGGCUGGGUUUAUCCGGGCUUUUACGGCUGGGGACGGCAUUGA